GUGCGGUGAAAGGAGCCUGCCGGCCCGGCUGCCUCGCCCAUUAUAGGUAUCUUAUGCAAGCCGCACUACCGCUCAGCCGUAGUUCAGGUUUUUAUCUCAUUUGAUAAAGACGUAGCGCAGCGGUGUUGUAAUUAGAAACAAGUGAAUCAGGGAGGAUGGUUCUGAAGCUCUAUGUGGUGUCGGAUGGGCCGCCGUCGCUGUCAGUGCGGCAGGCUCUGGCCCUACUGGAGAUACCCUUCCAGCAGAUUGAUGUUGACUUCGGCAAGGGAGAACACAUGACAGAGGAAUAUGCGCUGAUGAAUCCACAAAAGGAGAUCCCGGUCAUGGACGACGACGGUUUCUUCCUCAGCGAGAGCAACGCUAUCCUGCAGUACAUCUGCGAUAAGUACCAGCCAGGCACCCCACUUUACCCCCUGGAUCCACAGAUAAGGGCCGUAGUAAAUCACCGGCUAUGCUUCAACCUCUCCACCUACUACGCGAACAUAUCGGCGUACACGAUGGCGCCAAUUUUCUUCGACUAUGAACGCACUCCACUCGGGCUGAAGAAAGUGCACAUGGCGCUGGCCGUGUUCGAGACGUACCUCUCCCGCGCCGGCACCACGCACGCCGCCGCCGACCACCUCACCAUCGCCGACUUCCAGCUCAUCAACUCCACUAUGACCCUCGCUAUUGGCUUUGACUUCUCCAAAUAUGAAAAGGUCAGCCAGUGGUACGAGGACUUCAAAAAAGACUAUCCAGAGCUAUGGAAGAUCUCAGAAGAUGCUAUGAAGGAGAUCCAGCACUUCGCCGCCAACCCCCCAGAUUUGAGUCACAUGAACCAUCCAAUACACCCCAUUCGUAAAACUAAGAAAUAAAUUUAACUAUAGUAUAAAAUUGUAAACUCGAGAGAACACACGUUUACAUUUUAAUAGCUUUGCUUUGCUUCCUUCAGGUUCAGGCUAUAAACCGUGUUGAGAUACCUUCUCAUUAAAUAAGUAGGUGCUUUUAAUAUUUGGUCUGCGAUCGUGCCAUUAUUGUAAAUGUGUUUUCUCUCAAGUAGAUACUUCACAACUAAAUAAAUUUCGAAGUUUCGGCGCUAUCCGGAACCGGAGACGCAUCGUCUCCUGUAUCCCAGGCAGGUGUUAGAACAACAUUCCGAGUGGUUGAUGCACUGUAAAUAAAAUUGAAUAUAUAUGCGAUUAUGUAUAAGAUAA